GUGUGUGCCCCGGCUGUCCGGCGGGCUUUCAUCAAACUUCUGAGCAGCUAAAUGCAUGUUGAGAACCGCACAGGCUGGUCUGAGGUCAGCUCUGCAGCGGCUCAGGUUGGAUGCUCUGGGCUUGUUUUGGCGCUGCUGGCUGGUUUAUGUGAGGUCACAGUGAACCCAGUGUCUCCUGUGUGUGAUGCUUCCUGCUGUGUGUUGCUGUGUGUUGCUGUGUGUACACGGCGGUUGCAUCACUGCAGUGCAUGAAGUUUAAAGAUACUUUGUCUCAGACUGGGCUGCUGCUCGUCUUUGUGUUGAUGCUGCUGCUGGUUUCACUGGUGUCUGUUGUUUACGAGUGGAACCACUUUUCACUGGGUCGUGGUGCUUUGAGGAGGAUGUGUGGUUCUUUUCUUCUUCGCCGACUGUUAAUGCAGUCCUGUUGAACAACUAUUGACCGGCCUGCUGGCUAUUUUCAGGACUAAUCAAUGAAUCGUUUGGUCUCCAAACCGUCGGAAAACGGUGAAAAUGACCAUAACAUCAUCCCAGAGUAACAGCUGCUGUCAUCAGCUGUCUUGUUGUGUGCAGACUCCAAACAGCAGGUUGUGUUUACUCCAAUAAAAGACCAAGAGGAAAAGUCAAUUCCCACAUUUGGGAACUGGGAAGCACCAGACGUUUGGCAGUGAAGAUAGUUGAUCCAUUGUUUUAGAAGUCGGCUGCUGGAACUUCACUGUUGACCUCGUAGACAGCCAGGUGGCAGCGACCAUGGAGCUGAAGCCGUGUGUCGAGUACCACGACCUGGAGGCUGCAGAGGCGCUCGUCAGCAUGAGCUUCUGGGGUCAAGAUUCACACAAACCACGCCCUCUGACCCCCACUUCUGACUCCUGCGACUCCAUCCAGCUCCACUCGGAAGGAGGGGACACUCCCAAAGACUUGAUCUCUCUGUCUUCACUGUGUAUGACUCCACCUCACAGUCCGACCUUCGCUGAGGCUUCCACCAACACCGUUGUCACCACCACCUCUGCUCCAAGUCCCACCUCCAGACAGGGUCUCGCCGUUGGCCCCACACUCCUCAGUGACUCCCACACCGGCCUCCCCCAGUUGUCCCCUGCUGCUUCCACCUCAGACACCUCAGCGCUUCCCACUCAGACAGACUCAUCCUGUGUGGUGUCACCUGGCAGAGCCAUGGUCACCAGCGUUAUCCGCCACACUGCUGACAGCCUCCAUAUUGCUCCGCCUCUGGCCUGCACCACCCAGCUGACAGACACUUCCACACCGCCUCCAGAAAUGCUUCAAGGGGAGAAGGACGGACCUCACCCACCUCCUCAUAGCCCAUCUUCUCCUCACUCCUCUGCAACGGUUCCUGACUCUUCUGCGCUGUCUUCCUCCUCUUCCUCUCCGGUCCUCUGCCAGGUGUUCCCAGUGAGAGGACAGACAGGGAUGAUCUCCGCCUUUGUCCAGGCUCCGGUCCAGGUGCAGACUCAGGGGGGACCCAAGCCCCUCUUGCCCCACUCUCCUUCCAGGUUCGCCCAGCCUUUGCUGGUGGGCUCUGCCAUGCCGCAGGGGACCGUGAUGUUUGUGGUCCCCCAGCAACCCAUUUCCCAGCCACCACAGGGCCCGCAGACUGUCAUGACCCUGGGCAACACCAAGCUCCUGCCCCUGGCUCCGGCUCCAAUAUACAUGCCGUCAGGAGCAAGCUGCAGCACCUCGCAGGCUGACUUCUCCCGCAGGCGAAACUAUGUCUGCAACUUCCCUGGCUGCAAGAAAACGUAUUUCAAGAGUUCACACCUGAAGGCUCACCUACGCACUCACACAGGUGAAAAGCCAUUCAGCUGUCACUGGGAGGGCUGCGACAAAAAGUUUGCCCGCUCUGACGAGCUUUCUCGCCAUCGCCGAACACAUACCGGUGAGAAGAAGUUUGUCUGCAACGUGUGUGAUCGGCGCUUCAUGCGCAGUGACCACUUGACCAAACAUGCUCGGCGGCACAUGACCACCAAGAGGGCAUCCUCGUGGACCACAGAAACCCCGGACCUCAACAAAAUGGCCCCGUCCAAAGGCCCAAACAGAGGUCCCACACUUCCUGUUGGCAUGCUGGUCCCCACCGCCAACUAACAGACUCAUCAGGAGCCCACAGGGUCAACUCAGGACCCCAGGGGGGUCAACCAGACAACCACACACUUAAAGGCUGUAAUGGGUUGUUUCAAUCAGCUCCACUGGCCACAUCAGGACGAUCGUUUCUACUUUGUAAAUCACACCUGGCUGGUGAAUACAGCGAACACAGUUAUGCCCUGGCUACGUUUACAUGAAAAUGUUGUUACUAGCAUUGUAAUUGAGUACAAAGAAACAAAGACCUGGUCACACCUGCAAACUUUGGUGAACUUUGAUCCUCAAAUUAGCACCUUUCAAGCUGCUUAUCUUGUCACCAUCCAGAUUUAAUGAAUCCCCUCUGUCAAAAUAUGAAAUUCUCUGCAACAGAGACAAGGCUCACUCAUGGUUAGAAGUAAUGCUAAUAGUGCUUUUUAUAAGUACAUUAAAUAACUAAUUGUCCCAUUAGCUGCAGAGCCAAUAGGCUGGAUAUAAGAGAAAGAUAGAAAGGUAGGAGAGCUGUUGUGCCAUGAUUGUGACUGAUUAGUGUAAGCAUGUUCCUGCCUGGCUAGCGUGUUAGCUGUUAGCUUACCAGCUGCUGUAGUUCACCAACUAGCCC